CAAGUCUAAGAUAUGUUCACUAGAUGAGUUAUUGAAUUACAUCCUAUGUUUAUUUCUAACAUCACAUUUAUUAUGGAUUCAUUUACAUUAAAUUUCGAAUCUGCCCUCUGCUCUGUCGAGCAGGUCGAGCAGGAUUGAACUUGUUCGAUUCAGUAAUGUCAUAGCAAGAACUGAAUGGAAUUAUUUUGAUUAUAAUCCAAUGAUGAAUGAGAACCAAUUAGAACCAUGUCAGCCACACCAGACCGCAAUAACGUGUCGAAGACGCGCUUGCAAUCACCGCGAACAACCGCUUCUCCCUCCGGUGGAGGUGCGACCACAGUCGGGGCGUCACGCGUUGCCGACUCAGUUGCGAGAUUUGCUGAUUUGCACAAAAAGUGGCAACUCACCACCCAAAAGGGUACGCAGUACUGCAACGCAAUCGAAAACAUCAAAAAGGGCGUAUUGGAUCCGAAACAGGAGGAUACUAAUCCAUACCCGCCGAACUUGGAGCUUUACUGCAAAAAUGUUGCCAUUUUGAUCACUAUUCUGGAGGAUGUGAUUGCCAGUUUGGAUACGAUGAUAGAGCAGUUGAAGGUGCUGCAGGCGGUGAUGAUGGAUGAGAUCGUUGGCAAGACUUGGAAUCUGCGGAAGGUGAUAGACGCUUUGCAGAGUAUUUCACAACAUUGGAAGUCGGAGUUGAAUGUGAGAAAAGCUGUAUCAGAAAACAUCGGACAUUCAGUUGAGCUACCGCAGCUUGCUCUGCAUGUUGCGACAUGGGAACAACUAUCAAAUCAAAAUGAAACCAUUAAUCUGUUGAACAAAAUGUUAAGUGUAGAAUUCAAUGUUCCGUUAGAAUAAACUUUAUUCACUUUAAAUCUCCAUCGGUUCUUGUCUGUGAUAAUGUAAUAAACUGGUUCUUACCAAUCUGAUUUGUUCAAAUAA